AUGUCUUCGAUGACAGGUACUCCCACAAAAGUUUCAUCAACUGAAGAUGGCAAUGUUAGUAAAAAUAUUGUGACAAAAAUAACCAAUAGUCAAUUAGAAUCUUCAAUUUUUCCAACAUUUUUAAAUAAACUUUUUAUAUCAAAAGUUUAUUCAGAUAAUCAGGAUACAGCAGGUGAAAGGAGGGAAGCUUUAUCAUCAACAUUUGUAGAACAUCAUCUUUCAUUACAAGAGAUUGCUGAGAUAUAUCCUGAUUCAUAUAUUGAUAUUAAUAAUCCAGCAAAUUCUGAUGGAUUAUCAUCAACAGAAGCCCGUAAAAGACUUAAAGAUGGUGGUCCUAAUAUUAUUAAACAAUCUUCAGAAGGACAGACAUCAGAUAUAGUUAUAUUUUUAAAACAAUUUCUUCAUAAAUUUUGGAUUCUUCUUAUAGGAGCAGCAUGCCUAUCACUAGUAACAUAUUUUUUUCAUCUUACACAAGGUGUUGGUGAUGCUUUAAUGUUAUAUUGUGCUCUUAUCUUAUUUGGUAUUGUUGUAUUAAUGAGUAUAUUAAGUUAUAUUCAGGAAAAAAAAGCUAUGAAAGUAUUGACAGAUUUUAAAAAUUUAAUGCCUAGUAGUUCUCAUGUUAUUAGAGAUUGUCAGGAAAAAAUUGUUCAUAGUAGUGAUCUUGUUGUUGGAGAUAUAAUAGUAAUUGAUACUGGAUCAUUAAUACCAGCAGAUUGUAGAAUUAUCUUAUCAAAUGGUUUAAAAAUUGAAGCAUCAGCUAUAACAGGUGAAGGUAUAACUCAUGAAUAUACUCAUGAUUCAUGUCCAAAUAAUGUAAAUAUAUUUGAUGCUAGAAAUAUUGCAUUAAAAGGAAGUUUUUGUAUUGAAGGAUCUGGUAUUGGUUUAGUUAUUAGAACUGGACAAUAUACAGUUCUUGGUAGAGUUGCUCAUAUUCAAUCAAAAGCUCCAAGUAAUAGAAGUAGACUAGAAUUAGAAAUAUCUAAUUUUGUUACAUCUAUCUCAAUAAUAGCUGUCACAUCGGCAUUAGUUUUUUUUAUUAUUGGUAUAGGAAUAUCAGGAUUUCGAAAUAUGGUAAUUCAUUUUGUAACUGGUUUUGUAAUAAUAAUUGUAGCAAAUAUACCUCAAGGUUUACCUGCUACUGUUAUGUCACAAUUAGCAAUAAUAGCUAGGAGGAUGGCAAAAAUGAAUGUAUUUAUAAAAAAACCAGAUAUCAUUGAUGAAUUAGGUGCAACAACAGUAAUAUGUGUUGAUAAAACUGGGACAUUGACACAAAAUAAUAUGACACUUACUGAUUUAUGGUAUAAUAAAAAACAUAUUAGUUAUCAUGGUGAAAUGAAACAACCAAGAAUUAGGCAUGUUAUGAAAAUGUGUCAACAAAGAAAAUUUCAACUUGAAUCACCGUUACCUGAUAUUCUUUCUGUUAUGUCUGUUUGUAAUAAGGGUGUUUUUACAAAACAUAGAAGUAGUUUUAAAAAAUUAUCAACAUUACUUAAAAUGAGAAAUAAAAGUUUAGAUAGCCGAAGACCAUCAGGACCAAUGAAAAAACGAUUUACAAUAAAAAAUCAGGACACUGGUGAGGAAACUGUUAGAGAACCAACUAUAAGAAGUGUCAAUGGUUCAGAUACUAAUAAUAUGGAAUUAACUAUUGAUAAUUUAUCAAGUGAUAAUAAUAGUGAUAGUGAUGAAGAUUCAUUUAAAAAUAGUGAAGGACAAAAUAAUAUUUUUUCUAAAGAUGGUAUUAUUGGAACAUCUUGUGAUGUUGCUUUAUUAAAAUAUGUUGAAAAUACAGCAUCAGUUGAGGGUAUUAGAGAAAGAUAUCAUACAGUUUUUGAGAUUCCUUUUUCAAGUUUAAGAAGAAGUCAAUUUACAAUUGCUAGAGUUUUAACAAAAAAUCUUAAAAAUGAAAAAGAAGAUAAUAAACUUGAUGCUUAUGUUGUUUUUAUGAAAGGUGCACCAGAAGAAGUUUUAUCUAGGUGUAAUAAAGUUAAAAUUGGUGAUGAGGAACAAGAUUUGACGGAAGAAUUUAAAUUAGAUUGUAAAACAGCAUAUGAACAUUUUGGUAAUGAGGGUAAAAGAGUUAUAGCAUUUGCUAUGAAACAUUUUUAUGCUGAAAAAAAGACUAAAUUUACAGGAGAUAGUAAUAAUUAUCCUAAAGAUGAUUUAAUAUUUUUAUCAUUAUCAGCUCUUAUUGAUCCACCACGUGUUGAGGUUCCUGUUGCCAUAAAACAAUGUAAAGAAGCUGGAAUAAAAAUUUUUAUGAUGACAAAUGAUCAUUUAACUUCAGCAACAGCAACAGCAUCAGAAAUAGGAUUAGUUGCACCAGUAUCCGGUGAUACAGUUAUUAAUAUUAGUGGUGAUAAAAAAAAUUUUAAAAGAAGUAAAAAAAAAAGACCAAUUCAAUUAGAAAAUCAGGAUUGUGCUAUUGUUGUUGGUGAACAAUUAUCAAAAUUAACUUCAAAAGAAUGGGAUAAUUUAUUAAAACAUAAAAAUAUUAUCUUUGCUAGAACAUUACCAUUUCAAAAACUUCAAAUAGUUGAAGAAUGUCAAAAACGUGGAGAGACAGUUGCUGUUACAGUUGGUGGUAGUGCAUCAGAUGUUCCAGCACUAGUAAAAGCUAAUGUUGGUAUUGUUAUGGGAAAAAAUGUUUCAUCUGAUUUAGCUAAAACAGCUGCUGAUAUUAUAGUUACAGAAAAUAAUUUUUCAUCAAUUGUUAAAGGUAUUGAGGAGGGAAGAUUACUUUUUGAUAAUCUUCGAUUAUCUAUUGCAUAUACAAUGGCUCAUAUUUUAGCUGAAAUAUUUCCUAUAAGUUUAAAUUUUUUAUUUGGUAUGCCAUUAGGUUUAGAACCAUUACAAAUAUUAAGUAUUGAUUUAGCUAGUGAAUUACCACCAGCAAUUUCAUUAGCAUAUGAAUCACCUGAAAGAGAUAUUAUGAAAACACCACCAAGAAGAAAAUCAGCAAAAUUAGUUUCAUAUAGUUUACUAUUAUAUUCAUAUGUUUUUACUGGACCUGUAAUAAGUUUAGGAUGUUUUUUUGCAUAUUUAUCAGUAUAUUGGUCAUAUGGAAUAAAUUUAUCAGAUCUUGUCUAUACAGAACAAUAUUGGAGUUCAAAUUCAUCAAAUUUUACAACAUCAACAAAUAUAACAUUUACAGGACCAGAACAAAAUCGUAUUCGUGGUGAAGCAUCAGCAUCAUUUCAUGUAACAUUAGUUAUGAGUCAAGUACUUCAUUUAUAUUUAUGUACAACAAGAAGAGUAUCAUUCUUCAAACAUGGUAUAACAAAUUUAAUAUCUGUUUUUGCAGUUAUAAUAGAAAUAUUAUUAUUAAAUUUAUUUGUUUUUACCCCAACAUUUCAAUAUAUCUUAGAUAUCUCAACACCCCCAACACAUAUAUGGAUAUUUGCUCCUAUUGUUGGAUUUUAUUUACUAAUAUUUAAUGAAUUUAGAAAAUAUUGUAUUAGAAAUAUUAGGCAUGGAACAUUAUAUAAAAUUUUAAAAUGGUAA